UGGACGGUAUGGAAGCAAAAACUAUUUGUGAGCACAAGUAUUCUAUGCAUCACAAACGAGUAUGAUACGUCCCAGACGUGUGUCUUUUGUUUCCAGAAAUUAGUACACUCAGUGAACAGAACCGAGAAGGGAACAAAAACAGUAAAAGGUGCUUUCCAUUGCUUGUAUAAGGACUGUAUU